CUAAAAGUAACUAAAUCUCGAUGAAGUUAUCGCCAGCCGAAAGAUCAUACCUCCACGAUUCGUUGGCGUUACAGCCGCCUAUCCGGCCCGAUGCCAGAUCACCGGCACAGUUCAGACCGCUCGAGGCUUCUAUAUCGUUCUUGCCUUCCUCUAACGGAUCUGCCAGAAUUAGAUUGUCAGACGGAAGUGAGUGUAUCGUGUCCGUUAAGAGCAAAGUUGUGCUUACAGCCAACGUGUCCUCUUUGAUCCUGGUGGAUGUGGAUGUUUCUGGCUACAGAGACGACUCCAACUUUGUAUCCAACUUGAACUACCACUUACAGUCGAUUCUCAACUCUCAUUUCCCUACCGCCGUCCUCAGAUUAACCUCCCGAUACUCCUUCAAGAUUUUCGUUGACUGUGUUGUGCUAUUGCAUACGUCCUACCCGUUGGGUUUGUUAUCUUUGACCACCUACUUGGCGUUGAAGACCACUAGCUUGCCAAAGUUGGUAUCUGAGGUGAACGACGAGGAGGUUGAGGAGCAGCCAACAUUCUCUGACGACUGGGACCAGUCCACACCGUUAAUUCCUACAAACUCCACGUUCCAGCCACCAUUGUUGUUCGUGGUUGCAGUUGUUGGUGACAACGUCUUCAUCGACCCAUCCAGAGAGGAGCAGGAGGUCAGUGAAAACGGGAUGAUCAUCGGGUACGAGACCCAGGGUGUUAUCAGUCCCUUUAACAACAUAAGUCUUAGCGACAGAGAGGUCAAGGGGAUGAAGCUGCUGCACGUCAUCAAGGCUCACCUGUUGGUCAAGAAGUGUGGCGAGGAGGUAUUGAAGGCGUUGAACAGUGUUGCAAAGGACGAGGGUGGCAAUGCAAUUUUCUAAAAGACAUAUGCCUGAUAAAAAUGUAUACUAGUGUAAUAAACAUUUAAAUAAUUUAUAACUUUGAGCGUG